AUGUUUCCAAAAUUGUCUACCGUGUACCGGGCGUCCAUCCCUAAUUUGUAUGUAAUCCAAUUUGCGGGAGAGAUUGUCACUUCACGACCAAGGUUUUCCAACAAAUAUAAUAAAUAUCACGCAAGGAUGCCAAACUAUAAUUCCUCGCUGCUUCGAGUCACACUACCUUCCCUAACCUCCUUCACUAAUCACCACCGGGAAUUAAUCGAAUCGGCGGUCAAUAAUACUUACAAGUGUUUGGUUAUAUAUGUUUCCUGCAAAGAUAUAGACCUUUGCAAAAAGUCACCACUAAAGUUUUGGGAUAAAGUUAACAAUUUAUUGAACACCUUUUACGUGUCUGGAACAAAAACGUCUUAUAAACUCUCGAGGCCAUUCCUUGAAAUUGAGGUGAUCUUCGAGAAUUGGUGUGGGUAUUCGGUGGAAUUAGAGAGAGAAUGGGAAUUCGAAGUAUUCUUCGGGAACAACUUGGGUAAGAAUAUUGUCACAUUUCCAGCUUUGUAUCGUUCCAUUUUGUUUUCGUGUAAUUUAUUGAUUGAAUUCAUGAAUAUAGAGCGCCCCACAUUAGAAAAGUUUAACAAGAAUCGAAAAGCAGCCGAAUUAACGGAACUUCCCAUACACGUAAUUGACACCAUCACACCCCCAUCACCUCAAAUUAUCACAAAUCAUCAUGAUCCCAUCGACAAGUUGGACGAUGAUAAACCUCAGGUGCAUCCGAACGUUGCUGUUGGUGGAACUUUUGAUCACUUGCAUGUGGGACACAAGAUUCUGUUAACAAUGUCGGCAUGGAUCACCAACAAAAGGUUAAUUUGUGGAGUCACCGGAGACUCAAUGCUCACAAAUAAGAAGUAUAAAGAAUAUAUGGAACCAAUCGACGUUCGGAUCGCGGAAGCCAAGAGAUUUCUAAAUAUUAUCCGUCGGGGUCUAUUGUACGAGGUGGUACCAAUAUAUGAUAUCUAUGGUCCAACAAUCACCGACCCAGAUAUCCAAGCUUUAGUUGUAUCCAAGGAAACAGUGUCUGGUGCUUAUUCUAGUAUGUCUCCUUCACCUACUCGUCUGUUUCUUCCCACAGCUUCCUUAAAAUUCAGUUAUAAACCCCCUUCCAUUCGAUUCGAUUUAGUAAACGAAGAACGAAAGAAUAGAGGUCUCAAUCCCUUAGAAAUUUCGGUUAUUGAGGUGAUAUCUUCUUCUGACUCAUCCUUAAAGGAUGAAGAGUUUAAAAAACUUAAAUUGAGUUCAACGUUUAUACGCGAGAUGUUGAGCAAAAAUAACGGGAAAUCCCGUGAGAAAUACGACCAAUAG